AUGGGGUCUAGCGAUGCAUACUUUUGUAUGCUGUUUUUGGUAAUAAAAGGGGUUUAUGGUGCUCCUGAAGUAAACCAACCACGGCCAUUUUUCGUGUUCGGCGACUCUCUGGUUGAUAACGGCAACAACAACUUCUUGAUAACUCCCGCACGUGCAGACAUCUUCCCUUACGGCAUCGACUCUCCCUCAAAGCUUCCAACCGGCCGCUUCUCCAAUGGCCUUAACAUCCCUGACAUUAUCAGUGAGCAUAUCGGAUCUGAGCCUGUACUUCCGUUUUUGGGAUUCCAGUUUGGAGAGAUAAUUUCAGUGCCCUUACAAUUAGAGUACUUUAAGGUUUACCAACAAAAACUGAGUUCUUUAGUAGGAGAAGAAAAAGCAAAGGAUAUAGUAAACCGAGCGUUAGUUCUUGUUUCGUUGGGGGGUAAUGAUUUCGUGAACAACUAUUACUUGGUCCCGUUUUCUGCUAGGUCUCUACAAUAUACUCUUCCAGAGUAUGUCAUCUACCUAGUGUCAGAGUAUCGCAAGAUUUUGAUGAAAAUGUACGAAAUGGGAGUUAGGAGGGCAAUACUGUUAGGUUCUGGACCACUAGGCUGUGCACCAGCGGAGAUUGCGCAACAUAAUGAGCUCAGUGGUGAAUGUUCAACCGAUCUUCAAGCUGCAGCAGAGUUGUUUGAACCACAAGUAGACCAAAUGGUUAAGAACCUUAAUGCUGAAUUGGGCACUGAAGUGUUUAUUUCAGCCAACACAAGACUGAUGCACUUUGAUAUAAUGAACGAUCCUCAGGCCUAUGGAUUUGUAACUUCAAAAACGGCUUGCUGUGGACAAGGACCAUACAAUGGGUUAGAUUUUUGCAAUGCGUAUUCAAACUUGUGCGAAAACAGAGACGAGUUUGUGUUUUGGGAUGCGUUCCAUCCGUCAGAACGAGCAUGCAGAUUGAUCGUUGAAAAAAUAGUGAAUGGCACAGACGACUACAUGAGACCAAUGAACCUAACCACAAUCAUGUAUUUGGAUUCCCGUGUGUGA